CAUAAGCCGUGGUUCCAAAUGUGUUUUCGUUACAGUCGAUGCUACUCACGUUCUCGUCACAAAACUGCGACUGACCUCAUAGCCAAUCCAUCCCGACAUUGAUAGGAAACGAGAGCACAUUCACGAAUAAAAAUGAGGUUAGAGGAUCGAGACUGUGAUAUGCGCGCUAGUAUGGCCUCGACCAAUACCACCGACACAAAGAAGUUAUCAAGCGCCAAGCAAGAGAAAGCUAUUAUGCACGAGUUCGAGGUGCAUGUCAAAGAAAUUCGAGCUCAGCUAAACGAACAGAUUCGAUGUAUAGGCGAAAGGACAGAGACACAAAUCGCCGUCUUGCAGGAAGUCGACGAUUUCUUUCGCAAACGCGGCGAAGCCGAAGCCGAGUAUUCACGUCAGUUGGAAAAGCUAGCUAAAGGCAUUAUGCAACGUCAUAAAGCUGAGAAGAACAGACGUGACAGUUGGACCCAACAUGCCGCUUGCUCUGCUUGGCAACAACUUGUUGAUGAUACGAAAGGCGAGGCUCAGCAAAGACAGAUUCUUGCCGAAUUGUACACUAAACAUAUCACUGCAAGCAUCAGUUCAAGAUGCGAAGAUCUAGGAAAGAUCAGCAAGAGGUGCCGCGAAAUCGGUGCACUUUCUCAUAGUGAAAUCAAUCGGGUAUUGACGGAAUUACAUACUGCUAUGAAGACAUAUCAGCUUUGUUAUUCGGAGUUGGCUGCAGUGGAAAGGAAGCUAAGAAUAGCCGAGGAAGAAAAACGACGGUACGAAGAAGCAAAUCCAGGAAAAGCUGAGGGAACGCGCAAAUAUCGUAAUCUCUGCAAGUAUUUGAAAAAGAGAGAAGACAAAUACGAAGCAGUUCAUUCAAAAUGCACAAAAGGACGAAACGAGUAUCUCAUGUGUAUUCGAGCUGCAAAUGCCGCGUUACAUAGAUUCUUCGCAGAAGAUCUCAGUUAUCUUAUCGACUGCACGGAUCUUGGCAUGGAUUAUUGGACCAGAGCACUCCUAGGCCAAGUUGUUGAAGUUCGUAAACGUCUUGCACAAAGGGAGAUGGAUAACUUGGCCGAACUCGGCACAUUAAGAUCGGCGAUUGACGCAAAGGCAGACAAACAACGAUUUUUCGAGGCUCAUCAUGCUACUUUCAUGUUGCCGAAACAGUUCGAAUUCAGACCUCAGUUGGGCGACUGCGUUUGCACUGUAUCCGCAGAAAAAGGGAUCGCCGCGGAAUUAGUGCAACGACAGAAGCAGAUUGAGAAACGACUGGAGGGACUGAGAUUUGAAAGCGACGAGGUAUGGAAGAGCUUGGAAGCCUCCGAUCGUCAACUUCUCCAAAUGUAUAAUAAUGACUUCAAAGAGAAGGAAGAACCCAAUAAAUGGCGGCAAGACGUUUUGGUUACUUACCAAUACUAUCUUAAGAAAUUCGAGUAUUUCUUAUUGAAUGGUAAUCUCAUUGAACGACUCGAGGCUAGGAGUAAAGCCAUUUCCGAAGCAUUGUCAAGAGCAUCCGGGAUGAACUCCAGUAACAGUAUGACACUGGGAUCAGAGGAGAGAACUCGACGACGGCCGAAAAGAAUUGGCGCGGCCGGCAUGAAUGAGAUGAAACCGAGGCCGAAAUUGUUCGGUGGAAGCCUAGAUGAAUACGUUGAGGCAACGGGUGAAGCGAUUCCACUGGUGGUGGUAUCAGCCAUCGGCUAUCUGUCGAGGUACUCGCUUCGGAAUCAAGGCUUAUUCCGAGUCAGUGGCUCGCAGUCCGAGAUUAACAGAUUCAAAGAAGCAUAUGAGAGAGGCGAUGAUGCAUUCGCUGACCUAACAGAUGGUAGUGAAUCGAACUCAGUAGCAGGAGUUCUAAAGCUAUAUCUGAGGGAACUGCGGGAGCCUCUGUUUCCCAUUUUCCUCUUUGAUCAGUUCACCGACUGCGCUAAAGCCGAUUCUUCACAAGAAUUUGUGAGGAAGGCGCGAGAACUGAUUGAGAAGCUGCCAGUGUCGCACAUUUUGUUGCUCCGUUUCCUGUUUGCUUUCCUAUCGCACCUCUGUGAAUUUGCUGAUGAGAACAUGAUGGAACCUCAUAAUAUGGCAAUAUGCUUUGGACCUACUUUGCUACCUAUUCCAGAGGGUAAAGAUCAAGUAUUCUAUCACAAUUUUGUGAACGAGCUGGUGCGCAACUUGAUACUCAACGUGAAUGAGGUAUUCCCACAAGAUCUACCCGGGCCAGCAUACGAUAAAUAUGCAGCGAUCGCAGACGAGGCAGAUCACAUGGGGUAUAUGGAUGAUGUUGAUGGCUUGUCUGAAGAUGAAGACUGUUUACGGAAUGGUAUCGGUGGCGGUAUGUCAGCCGAUUCUGCCCUCGCCGAGUCUACCUACGACAUGUCAACGUCUACAAACAUCGUCAGGGAUGUGACAUCUUCAACGCUUCAAAGACCACCAACUCCUGAAGAACCGCUUAGUCAACCACCCAGCGUUUCAUCGAGGUCGUCAAAUCGAUCAAACAUCAAUCUGGAAGCGUAUCUGAGGAGAAUGUCCGAAGAUGUUUCACCAGCGCUGAGAACUGAGAUGCCACAUCUGAUAGCGAAUGAAGCGGCGGCGAAGUUUGCGGCUAGAGAACGAGCAGCAACAGCGCCAAAGUCGAGUCCAAGGCAAACCCCAUUAUGGGAGCAAGAACGCCCAUCUUCGCAUUCAUCACACACAUCAACUGCCCCAUCGUAUGCCUCGUAUUCAUCUCAACAGUCCACAUCUAGUGCUCAAUCGCAAUCUGUGAAUACAUCGACAACUACGGUCCACGGCAGUAACAAUACCGUAGCACCGACAAGCACUGCUCACGGAAGUAGCAAUACCAUAGCACCUAUCACUACUGUACGACUGCCAACAAUGAUUUCAUUACGGGAUCAGCUUCAUCAUUUUCGGAAGGAGUUAAAUAACGCGAGAGAAGAUUCAUCUAGAGUUUACCCAAUAUCGGAAGGAUUGUCGGGAUUUCCAAGGCGGGUGGCACAAAAUGACGGGUCAAUGUUGGAUGCUCGAGGUGGUAGUGAGGCGCCAAGACUGACGGACAGGUGCUUCGGCGAGGUACGUUCGGCAGCGGGAGAUCGAGGAAGUGAACCAGCUCUCAUGAAAGACGAUCAACCAGACGUUGUAGCAUCGGCACGACAUUCGGUACGAGCACAAAGUGAACUGCAUAAAAUACGUGAACGCGAAAACUCGUCCCCACCACUCGAAGAACUGGCAGCGGCGGCGUUGAAAGCGUCUCAGUUCGAUUAGCUGUUCACAAUCUUGUGCAUUGCAUAAUCUUGCAAAAAAGUAAUCUUGCAAAGUAUAGAUAGUUUUUAGUAGCUUCAUCAGUCUCCGAUCAAUAGCAAUCAAUAAUAAGUAUUAGAGCUGUGAAAGUAUUGAGAUUAUACACAUUACAGUUCAUCUUGUGUUCAUAAUGUAAAUUAUUCACGUAGAAUGCGCCAACCUAGUCCGUCUCUUCUUUGCACCAAACCUCAUAUGGGGUUAGGUUACUUAUGUUAGCUGCCGAUUUCUUCUCUUAUUCGAUCAUAUGUAACGUAGUUCGCAGAAAAUCUUCAGACAUUGUUUCUUGUAUAGAAAAGAUGUUGCUGUGUGGGAUGCCUGGCUAUUUUUUCAGGCUCA